AUGUCGGGCUUUGGUGACCGGUUGAGCCAACGACAGAAAGCCUUCAAGAAAGGCGUGGAUGCAGAUGAUGCGCGACGAAAAAGAGAAGACGCGGCCGUGCAGCUGCGAAAGCAGACCAGGGACGAGGCUUUGAUGAAGAAACGCAUGGUGAACGAUCUGCCACCAGGCGGCCAGCUGCCGGAUCCUAUGGCCAUGAUGCACAGCGGUAUGGCGACCGGGCCCUCGAAUUGCGAGCAGAUCCCCGCCUUGAGCCAGGCGCUGAUGUCGGAUGACCCGCAGGCGCAGUUCAGUGCCACCCAGCAGUUCCGGAAAUUGCUCAGCAUCGAGCAGAAUCCACCAAUCUCGGAGGUGAUCAAUGCCGGGGUGGUCCCGCGCUUUGUUCAGUUCCUCAAGGAGAUUAAUCGCCCUGACUUGCAGUUUGAAGCCGCUUGGGUCUUGACCAACAUCGCCUCGGGCAAUGCGGAUCAGACACGCGUGGUGGUGGAGCACGGUGCCCUGCCGAUCUUUGUGCAGCUUUUGCAGUCUCCCAAUGACGAUGUGCGGGAACAAGCGGUGUGGGCGCUUGGGAACAUCGCCGGAGACUCCCCCAACUUCAGAGACUUAGUCUUGCAGAGCGGUGGCCUUCAUCCGGUCAUGACCGUCUUGAGAGAGUCUGAAAAGACCUCGAUGAUGCGAAAUGCCACUUGGACCCUCUCCAACCUCUGUCGUGGCAAACCUCCUCCUCCCUUUGAGUGGGUGUCCCCUGCUCUGGGCACCUUAGCCAACCUCAUUUAUUCCUCGGAUUGCGAGGUCUUGACUGAUGCAUGCUGGGCCUUGUCUUAUCUCUCCGAUGGUCCCAAUGAGAGGAUCACUGCGGUGAUUCAGGCGGGCGUGUGCCGACGCUUGGUGGAGCUCUUACUUCACAGCUCACCACUGGUGCAGACUCCAGCCUUGCGGGCUGUUGGGAACAUCGUCACAGGGGAUGACAACCAGACCCAGGUGAUUCUUCAGAGUGGAGCUUUACCAUCCUUGUUAAAGCUUCUGUCUCAUGCCAAGAAGGCCAUCCGGAAAGAAAGUUGUUGGACCAUCUCCAACAUCACCGCAGGAAACCGGGACCAAAUUCAAGAGGUCAUCAACAACGGCCUGUUGCCUCCGGUCAUCCAUUUGCUUCAGACCGCAGAUUUUGACAUCAAGAAGGAAGCCGCAUGGGCCAUUAGCAAUGCGACCUCUGGUGGAUCUCCUCAACAGGUGGAAUAUCUGGUGGAGAGUGGGUGCGUGAAGCCUUUGGUCGACCUGUUGGCGGUCUCUGAUGCGAAGAUUAUUGGAGUGGCCCUCGAGGCCUUGGAGAACAUCCUCAAGGUGGGCAAGGACAAGCAGCAAGAGAUGGGCAUGGCUGAGAACCCCUUUGCCAACAAGAUUGAGACGGCAGAUGGGUUGCCAAAGAUUGAAGCGCUACAGGAAGAUCCCAAUGAGGAAGUCUAUCAAAAAGCCAUGAAAAUCUUGGAGAAGUACUUCCCUUUGGAGGAUGAUGAUGCCGACAUCAUUGAUGAUGCCUCUGCUCCACAGUUCCAGUUCGGCGCACAGGUGCCCACAGGUGGCUUCAGUUUUGGUUCCUGA